AAUGGAUAAUAGAGAAAUUGAAGAUUCCAAUAAAGUGAUUCAUGUCAAAUAACAUAAAUCUACUGCUCGUCAGGCUUAUUUCAAUUUUAUUAAAUCAAAUUUAGGAAUAGGUAAUCUAUUUUAUUUGAUAUUCUAAGGUGUCAUCGUUCUUCCUUUUGUCACUUAUUAAGUUGGCUUUCUCUGGUCUAUUGCAUUAUUCAUUCCUAUUGCCUUUAGUUGUUUACAGUAAAUUUUUCUUUCUAUAAUUUAUGGUAGAUCUAGUCAAUUUAUGAUUGAAAUUGCAGAUGAUCUGAAUACCGAUAAUAUACUCUAUGCAGAUAUUAUAAAAUAGACUUUAGGAUCACUUUGGGCACAUAUUUUGGAUAUUGCCAUAAUAUUCCAAUUAAUUGGACUUUGUAUAGCCUAUUUGAUUUUUUUAACAGAAUCCUUGGCUUAGUCUUUACUUCAAAUAAGUAUUCAAAUGGAAAAAUUGUAAUGUUUGUUAAUUACAUUAAUUAUUGUCAUUCCAUUAUCAUUUGUAAGAAAUAUUCAUUUUUUCCAUUCAACCAGCAAAUAUGGCUUUUAUUCUGCUUUGGCUUCUUUCUGCAUCAUAUUGUACGAUUGCCAAAAUAGGCUCUCAUUUCGAAACAUUUAUUUUUCAAAUUUAAUAAACUUCAAAAGUAAUUAUUUUAAUUAAUUAAUUAGACACUUUUAAUUAUGUUGGAGUAGCUAUUCUUUGUUGUGAAGGAAUUUUUACAGUUUUACCUAUCAGAGAUAGCAUGAAGAAUAAAUUUUAAUUUAAAUCAGUUGCUACCUCAAGUUUAAUGACUGCAUUUGGAAUUUCAAUAUUUUUAUCAUUAAUUAGUUCCUCUACCUAUUAAUCUGACACGCGAUCAAUUUUGUUAUUUAGUAUUCAAGUAUUUUUUCAAAUUAAAAAAAGAACCCUAUCUUAGAAGUCAUUUCGUUGCUUUUGUACUCAAUUAGUUUGCUUUUAACUUUUCCACUUCAGCUGUUUCCAGCUGUUCAAAUUGUGGAAUAAAUGUUUUUAAAGGAUAUGGUAGAAUUUAUCAGUUUCAAUGAUAUUUAAGAAAAUUCUUUUGAAGAAUCUCCAAUAUCAUAGAAUAUUGCCUCUACUAGCGAUAAAAUUGAUGACAUUGCAGUUGAAAAAGAUGAUAAAGUUUUUGAAAAUAGAUUCUUAUAAAUGAUUAUAAGAAGUAUGCUGGUAAUCACUAUUUAUUUUAUUGCCUAUUAUAUACCUCAUCUAUCACACUUUCUAAAUUUUAUUGGAAGCAUCUUUGGAUCUUUAUUACAAGUACUAUAUAAUUUAUGAUUUAGUUCUGUUUUCCUGUAAUCGUUCAUAUUAUCUAUUUUAAAAAUUCCAAAGCAACUAAACCUAUUAUUCAUUAUUUAAUUAUAAUGAUCGUUUCACUACUAGCAAUUAUCUUAGGAACAGCAGAAUCCUUAAAGCAUCUACUAUGAAC